AUGGAAAAUCUUGCGGAGAAUGAAAUGCUUGUCGACGACUAUGACCAAUACUCAAAUGAGAAGACCGAUGUCGUCGUGGUCUCCCCCUCAGGCUCCGACGAGCCUGAACCGUCGGCCGCUGAUCGGGAGCAGAGCGGAGCGGUUUCACUGAUGCUAAUCCAGUACGAGACUGGUGAUGAGAUCGCUGACCGAGCUUUCAAUGGCAAUCUAGAUGCGGCCAUGAUGGCGCGCGUGCUUCCUCAAAACCCCGAUCUCGAGACCUUGGAGGAAGUUCACAACACAUGGCAUAUCGAGAACUGGCGGAAGAUGGACCGAAAGUCACAUGGUCCAACCUUCAAAUGUGGUGGAUCGCCAUGGCGUAUUCUCUUCUUUCCGUUCGGCAACCACUCAGAGCACGCCUCGCUCUACCUUGAACAUGGGUGGGAGAACGAGCCACCAGAGAAUUGGUAUGCCUGCGUCCAGUUCGCUUUGGUCUUGUACAAUGCCAAGGAUCCCACGGUAUUCGUCUCACACGUCGCAACGCACCGCUUCAACGCCGAAGAAGCGGACUGGGGCUUUACCCGAUUCUAUGACCUCAAAAGCCUCUUCACCGAUUCCUUCGAGGGCAAGAACGUCCCACUUGUCCAGGACGAUGAAGCUUAUGUGACUGCCUACGUCCGAGUCGUCAAGGAUCCGACUGGCGUGCUGUGGCACAACUUCCACAACUACGAUUCCAAGAAAGAGACCGGCAUGGUUGGGUUGCGCAAUCAGGGUGCCACGUGUUACCUCAACUCCCUCAUUCAGUCCCUCUACUUCACCAAUGCAUUCCGCAAGGCCGUGUACAAUAUUCCCACAGAGGCAGACGCAUCUCGUGAAAACAGCGCCUGGACCCUUCAGAGACUCUUCUACAAUCUUCAGACCGCGGAAAAGGCAGUCUCCACAACCGAACUCACCGCGUCCUUUGGCUGGGAUUCGAGACAGACAUUCGAGCAGCAGGACGUUCAAGAGUUGUCACGGAAGCUCAUGGAGCGCUUGGAAGAGAAGAUGAAGGGAACCGUGGCCGAGAAGUCUUUGCCUGAGCUGUUUGUCGGAAAAACGAAGACCUACAUCUCAUGUAUCAACGUCGACUACGAGUCAUCUCGUGUUGAGGAAUUCUGGGAUAUUCAGCUCAACGUUCGCGGGAACAAGACCCUGGACGACAGUUUCCGGGAUUACAUCCAAGUCGAGACUCUCGAAGGGGAGAACAAAUAUGACGCUGGGCCUCCAUAUGGCCUGCAAGAUGCCAAAAAGGGUGUCAUUUUUGAGAGCUUCCCGCCAGUUUUGCAUCUUCACUUAAAACGAUUUGAAUACGAUCUUAAUGCCCUUACGAUGAUGAAGGUCAAUGACCGCCACGUGUUCCCCAUGGAGUUUGACGCUGCGCCCUAUCUCUCGUCCAAUGCUGAUAUGUCAGAGCCUUGGAUCUAUGAGCUGCACGGCGUUCUUGUCCACAGUGGCAGCUUGGAUGCUGGUCACUACUACGCGUUCUUGAAGCCAACCAGGGACGUCUUGGAGGAGAACUAUGGAGGAGAGUAUGAAUUCGCCAACGGCGGAAAUGGAGUGCGCCAACCCUACACGCAAAAAUACUCUACCAAACGUUCCAUGAACGCAUACAUGUUGGUCUACGUCCGCAAGACUCGAUCAGAACAAGUUCUUCCUCCCAUCACCAAGGAAGAUGUGCCUGCUCACAUUGCUGAGCGUCUCGCACAGGAUAGGGCGGAGAUGUUGCAGCGACAGAAGGAGAAGGAGGAGGCUCACCUGUAUAUGAAUAUCGGUGUGCUGAGUGAAGACACUUUCAAGCAGCACCAUGGCUUUGAUCUCACUAGUGCCGAUCUCCCCGCCGAACACCCUGCACUUCCCGCGCAAUAUCGAGUUCUUCGCUCGAAGAAGGUGGGCGAAUUCGCCCAAGAAUUGGCCAAGGAACGUGGUCUCGACGCAAAGUCUAUUCGAUUCUGGGUGAUGGUCUCCCGCCAGAAUAAGACGACCCGACCCGACCAAGUGAUCAAGGACAAUGAAAUGACAGUCGAGGAAGCUUGUACCAAGUACGGUACCCGGGGCAAUGUUUUCCGACUUUGGAUGGAGUCUGCUUCUUCCGAUCCUGAUGGCCAGCCGCAGGACUGGAACGAUAAUGACUCCGUCUUGAUCUUCCUGAAGAACUUCGACGUGGCUUCCCAGACCUUGACUGGUGUUGGACCCGUCUAUGUUCGCAAGAACCAGAAGGUUCAGGAGCUGGCGCCCAUUAUCCUCUCCAAGAUGAACUGGCCUGCUGGAACAGACUUUAUGCUGUUUGAGGAGAUCAAGCAUAACAUGAUUGAUGUCAUGAAGCCCAAGCAAACCUUCCAGCAGUCCGAGAUUCAAGAUGGUGAUAUCAUUACCUUCCAGCGAACCGUCAAGGAGACAGAGCUUCCGCCCACGGCUCUUUACACCGAUGCGCGCCAGUACUAUGAUUACCUCCUCAAUCGUAUGGAUGUCACGUUUGCGCCCAUUCGACCCGGUGAGGGUGAGGAAUUUGUCCUGACCCUGAGCCGCAAGUUGACCUACGAUCAAUGGUCGCAAAAGGUGGCCGAGCACCUGAACGUGGAACCCACCCACUUGCGAUUCGCCCCCGUCACAGCCAGCAAUGGCAAGGCCAAGUCGUUCCUCAAGCGCACCACCACUUCCAACCUUGCUCAGAUCCUCAAUGGCCAAUACGGCGCCUACGGCUACACCGUGCACCGAUCUGACUCUCUAUACUAUGAAGUUCUCGAGAUGAGUCUUAGUGAUUAUGAAAGCAAGAAGUCUUUCAAGGUGGUGUACCUGCCGGAGGGUAUCACGAAAGAGGAAACUGUUGAGGUCCUGGUUGCGCGCAACGGCACCGUCGCUGAGCUGUUGGCUGCUUUGCAAAAGAAAGCCAAUCUCGAUGAGAAGGUGCUCCAGGAGUUGAAACUCUUCGAGGCUCACAAUGGCAAGAUCUACAAGGAGCUCAGCGGCGACACAAAUGUGUCAGCCAUCAAUGAGUACUCCACAAUCUACGCGGCUCGGGUCCCUGCAGAGGAGCUCAAUCUGGAGGAAGGUGACCGCCUGAUCAGUGCGUACAACUUUGAUCGGGAAGCCAACCGCACCCACGGCGUGCCAUUUAAAUUUGUUGUGAAGCCAGGCGAGAUUUUCAAGGAGACCAAGACGCGUCUCUCCAAGAGGACAGGUCUCAAGGGCAAACCUUUCGAGAAGGUCAAAUUUGCUGUUAUGCCUCGGGCUUCUUUCUCGGCUCCCAAGUAUCUUGAAGAUGAUGACAUUCUCUCCGACAUCAUCGGCCCUGAUGAUUACCUGGGCUUGGAUCAUCCUAGCAAGAGUCGUGGAUUCUGGGGCAAGAGUGAAAGCUUCUUCAUUCGAUAA